GCGAGGCGGGGGAGGGGGCGCCCGCGCCGCCAUAUUCGCUCCCGCCGGCCGGCCCCGCGGCGCGCAGCCACCAUGAGCACCGCCGCCUUCCACAUCUCCAGCCUCCUGGAGAAGAUGACGUCCAGCGACAAGGACUUCAGGUUCAUGGCCACCAGUGACCUGAUGUCGGAGCUGCAGAAGGACUCCAUCCAGCUGGAUGAGGACAGCGAGCGCAAGGUGGUGAAGAUGCUGCUCAGGCUGCUGGAGGACAAGAACGGCGAGGUGCAGAACCUGGCUGUCAAGUGCCUGGGUCCUCUGGUGGGCAAAGUGAAGGAGUACCAGGUGGAGACCAUCGUGGAUGCCCUCUGUGCCAACAUGCGGUCAGAUAAGGAGCAGCUCCGAGACAUCGCUGGCAUCGGCCUCAAGACUGUCCUGUCAGAGCUCCCCCCUGCAGCCACAGGCUCUGGCCUGGCUACCAACGUGUGCCGGAAGAUCACCGGCCAGCUCACCAGUGCCAUCGCCCAGCAAGAGGAUGUGGCUGUGCAGUUGGAAGCCCUGGACAUCCUCUCUGACAUGCUGAGCAGGCUGGGUGCCCCUCUGGGUGCCUUCCAUGCCAGCCUCCUGCACUGUCUGCUGCCGCAGCUGAGCAGCCCACGCCUGGCCGUGCGCAAGCGGGCCGUCGGGGCACUGGGCCACCUGGCGGCCGCCUGUAGCACAGACCUCUUCGUGGAGCUCGCGGACCAUCUGCUGGAUCGGCUGCCCGGGCCGCACGCACCCGCCAGCCCCGCCGCCAUCCGCACUCUGAUCCAAUGUUUGGGUAGCGUCGGCCGGCAGGCAGGCCACCGCCUUGGGGCCCACCUGGACCGCCUGGUGCCCCUGGUGGAGGAGUUCUGCAACCUGGAUGACGAUGAGCUCCGGGAGUCCUGCCUCCAGGCCUUUGAGGCCUUCCUGAGGAAGUGCCCCAAGGAGAUGGGUCCUCACGUGCCCAACGUGACCAGCCUCUGCCUCCAGUACAUGAAACACGACCCAAACUAUAACUACGACAGUGAUGGGGAUGAGGAGCAGAUGGAGACAGAAGAUAAUGAAUUCAGUGAACAAGAGAGUGAGGACGAAUACAGUGAUGACGAUGACAUGAGCUGGAAGGUGCGUCGGGCCGCCGCCAAGUGCAUGGCAGCCUUGAUUGGCUCUCGGCCUGACCUGCUGCCUGACUUCCACGGCACCCUGGCGCCUGCGCUCAUCCACCGCUUCAGGGAGCGCGAGGAGAACGUCAAGGCUGAUGUCUUUGGCGCUUACAUUGUGCUGCUGCGGCAGACGCGACCCCCGAAGGGGUGGCUGGAGUCCAUGGAGGAGCCCACCCAAACAGUCAGCAACCUCCAUGCGCUGCGUGGCCAGGUGCCUCUUGUGAUCAAGGCCCUGCAGCGGCAGCUUAAGGAUCGGAGCAUCAGGGCCCGCCAGGGCUGCUUCAGCCUCCUCACCGAGCUGGCGGGUGUCCUCCCCGGCAGCCUGGCAGAGCACAUGCCCAUGCUGGUAGCAGGCAUUGUCUUCUCUCUGGUGGACCGUUCCAGCUCUUCCACUAUCCGGAUGGAUGCCCUGGCCUUCCUACAGGGGUUGCUGGGCACAGAGCCAGCUGCGGCCUUCCACUCACACCUGCCUACUCUCUUGCCACCUGUGAUGGCCUGCAUAGCCGACCCUUUCUACAAGAUCGCGGCCGAGGCCCUGCUGGUGCUCCAGGAGCUGGUGCGGGCCCUGUGGCCCCUGGACAGGCCUCAGACACUGGACCCCGAACCAUAUGUUGGAGAGAUGUCUGCGGCCACCCUGGCACGGCUCCGUGCUACUGACCUGGACCAGGAAGUGAAGGAGCGCGCCAUUGCCUGCAUGGGCCACCUUGUGGCUCACCUGGGUGACAGGCUCGGGGAUGACCUAGGGCCGUCACUGUUGCUCCUCCUGGACCGCCUGCGGAAUGAGAUCACCCGGCUGCCUGCUGUCAAGGCGCUGACGCUGGUGGCUGUGUCCCCGUUGCGGCUUGACCUGCAGCCUAUCGUGGCUGAGGCACUGCCCAUUCUGGCCUCGUUCCUGCGAAAGAACCAGCGGGCACUGCGGCUGGCCACGUUGGCUGCUCUGGACGCCCUGGCCCAGAGCCAGGGACUUAGCCUGCCGCCAAGUGCCGUGCAGGCUGUGCUGGCCGAGCUGCCUGCCCUGGUCAGUGAGAGUGACAUGCACGUGGCCCAGCUGGCUGUGGACUUCCUUUCCACAGUGACCCAGGCCCAGCCAGCCUCUUUGGCCAAGGUCAGCGGCCCCAUGCUCUCAGAGCUGCUGCGGUUGCUGCGCUCACCCCUGUUGCCCACCAGCGUGCUAGCGGCUGCUGAAGGCUUCCUGCAGGCCCUGGUGGGGACCCGCCCCCCGUGCGUGGACUAUGAGGAGCUCAUCCGCAUGCUCACGGCACCUGUUUAUGACCAGGCUGCGGAUGGUGGGCCAGGCUUGCACAAGCAGGUGUUCCACUCUCUGGCUCGGUGUGUGGCAGCCCUCGCGGCCGCCUGUCCCCAGAAGGCGGCAGGCACGGCAAACCGCCUGGUCUGCGACGCCAGGUCACCCCACUCAAGCACAGGGGUCAAGGUCCUGGCGUUCCUGUCGCUGGCUGAGGUGGGCCAGGUGGCUGGGCCAGGCCCCCAGCGGGAGCUGAAGGCAGUGCUCCUGGAAGCCUUGGGGUCACCCAGUGAGGACGUGAGGGCGGCCGCGUCCUAUGCGCUGGGCCGCGUGGGCGCCGGGAACCUGCCCGACUUCCUGCCCUUCCUUCUGGGGCAGAUCGAAGCUGAGCCCCGGCGGCAGUACCUGCUGCUGCACUCGCUCAGGGAGGCCCUGGGGGCCGCGCAGCCCGACAGCCUGAAGCCUUAUGCCGAGGACAUCUGGACCCUGCUCUUCCAGCGCUGUGAGGGCGCCGAGGAGGGCACCCGGGGGGUGGUGGCUGAGUGCAUCGGCAGGCUGGUCCUUGUGAACCCUCCAUUCCUUCUGCCCCGAUUCCGGAAGCAGCUUGCUGCAGGUCGGCCACACACCCGGAGCACAGUUAUUACAGCGGUUAAGUUCCUCAUCUCUGACCAGCCCCAUCCUAUUGACCCCCUCCUGAAGAGCCUCAUUGGAGAGUUUAUGGAGAGCCUGCAGGACCCAGACCUGAACGUGCGCCGGGCCACUCUGGCUUUCUUCAACUCGGCUGUGCACAACAAGCCCUCGCUGGUCCGGGACCUUUUGGAUGACAUCCUGCCCCUCCUCUACCAGGAGACGAAGAUCCGCAGGGACCUCAUCCGAGAGGUGGAGAUGGGGCCCUUUAAGCACACGGUGGACGACGGGCUGGACGUGCGGAAGGCAGCCUUUGAGUGCAUGUACUCGCUGCUUGAGAGCUGCCUGGGCCGGCUGGACAUCUGCGAGUUCCUGAACCACGUGGAGGAUGGCCUGAAGGAUCACUACGAUAUCCGGAUGCUGACCUUCAUAAUGCUCGCCCGACUGGCUACCCUGUGUCCUGCACCCGUUCUGCAGAGAGUGGACCGGCUCAUCGAGCCACUCAGGGCCACCUGCACCGCCAAGGUCAAAGCCGGUUCUGUGAAGCAGGAAUUUGAGAAGCAAGACGAGCUGAAACGCUCUGCGAUGAGGGCAGUGGCCGCCCUGCUGACCAUCCCGGAAGUAGGGAAAAGCCCCAUCAUGGCUGACUUCUCUUCCCAAAUCCGAUCCAACCCCGAACUUGCUGCCCUCUUUGAAAGCAUCCAGAAGGAUUCUGCAUCAGCCCCCAGCACAGACUCAAUGGAGCUCAGCUAGUCCUCUCCCAGCCCCCAGGUGGGCCCUUAACUCAAGAGAAGGGGGCCUACCCAAGCCCAAGACCUCACCGUCCCCCUGCCCGCCACAGGCCUCUACUUUUGCCCUCUCCUCAUCUCACUGGGGGCCCUCCUGCUCCUGGUCGGGGCUUACAGUGCCUUCUCCAGGGACCCCCACUCGAGGCCCCCAGCAGGAGCUGGAAGGCUGCCAACAGUUGGGCCCUUUAACUCAGGACAGUCAUUCAAAGAAACAGGGCAUGGACAUUUUCCAAGCCCUUCUGCACAAACACGGAUAAACAUGGAUGUGUGACUUCACACUCGGGGAGUCCCUGCCUCACAAAGGACUAAGUAGUGUUAGAAAUAGUCUUGUGCUCACAGCUGCAGAAGAUUAGGAGGCAGCCAGCUGGCCUUCCU